AUGGCUGAGCCCGUUGGAGAUUUCGGCCUCAUUGGCCUGGCCGUUAUGGGCCAGAAUCUGAUCCUCAAUGCCGCGGAUCAUGGCUUCACUGUUGUGGCUUUCAACCGCACCGUGGCCAAGGUUGACCGUUUCCUCGGCGAUGAGGCGAAGGGCAAGUCGAUUGUCGGCGCCCACUCCAUCGAGGAGUUCGUGUCCAAGCUCAAGAAGCCACGCCGCAUGAUGAUGCUCGUCAUGGCCGGCAAGCCCGUCGACGACUUUAUCGAGCUCCUUCUGAACGGUGGUGUUGAGGAGGGCGACAUCAUCAUUGACGGCGGCAACUCACAUUUCCCUGAUACCAACCGCCGUACCAAGUAUCUCUCGGCCAAGGGAAUCCGAUUCGUCGGAACCGGUGUCUCCGGUGGUGAGGAGGGUGCCCGCUAUGGCCCCAGUAUCAUGCCCGGUGGCAAUGAAGAGGCCUGGCCAUACAUCAAGGACGUGCUACAAUCCAUCUCUGCCAAGUCUGACGGCGAGGCUUGCUGUCAAUGGGUUGGUGACGAGGGUGCCGGCCACUACGUAAAGAUGGUCCACAACGGUAUUGAGUACGGUGACAUGCAGUUGAUCUGCGAGGCCUACGAUAUCAUGAAGCGCGGUCUUGGUCUCGAGGACAAGGAGAUCGGUGAUGUCUUCACUGAGUGGAACAAGGGCGUUCUCGACUCAUUCCUCAUCGAAAUCACCCGCGACAUCAUGUACAAGAACGACGACAAGGACGGGCAGCCUAUUGUCGAGAAGAUCCUUGACUCUGCCGGACAGAAAGGUACUGGAAAGUGGACCGCCAUCAACGCAUUGGACCUUGGUAUGCCCGUCACCUUGAUAGGUGAGGCCGUCUUCGCUCGCUGCCUCAGCUCUUUGAAGGCUGAGCGUGGUCGUGCUUCCAAGGUCCUUGACGGACCCACUCCCAGCUUCACCGGCGACAAGAAGCAAUUCUUGGCGAACCUCGAACAAGCCCUUUACGCAUCCAAGAUUAUCUCGUACGCCCAGGGAUUCAUGCUGAUCCAAAAUGCCGCAAAGGAGUACAAGUGGAAGCUAAACAAGCCCGAAAUUGCUCUCAUGUGGCGUGGUGGCUGCAUCAUUCGAUCAGUCUUCCUCAAGGACAUCACCAAGGCGUACCGUGCGAACCCCGACCUAGAGAAUCUUCUGUUCGACGACUUCUUCAACAAGGCUAUCCACAAGGCUCAACCUGGCUGGAGAGACAUUGUCAGCAAGGGCGCCCUGUGGGGUAUCCCCACCCCCGCUUUCAGCACUGCUUUGAGCUUCUACGACGGCUACCGCUCCAAAGAUCUGCCUGCCAACCUGCUGCAGGCGCAGAGAGAUUACUUUGGUGCCCACACUUUCCGCGUCAAGCCCGAAGCCGCCAGCGCCGACUACCCAGAAGGCAAGGACAUUCACGUCAACUGGACUGGAAGGGGAGGAAACAUCUCGGCGUCGACUUACACCGCAUAA